AUGCCCUGGACUGUCCUGCUCUUGGCAGCUGGCUCCAUGGCGAUACCAGCGCCGUCCAUCCUGCUGGUGCCCCCACACCCCAGCAGUCAAGAGGACCCCCUCUACAUUGAAUGCACGGCCCCCUGGGGCUUCCCAGGGGCCAACUUCACGCUGUACCAAGGGGAGAAGGUGGUCCAGCUCCUGCAGGCCCCUGCGGACCAGCUCAGGGUCACCUUCAACCUGAGCAGCGGCUGGGAGGCUGCAGGGGGAGUGUUCCAAUGCCAGUACGGCGUGGUAGGCGAGCACCGGCAGCCGCAGCUGUCCGACCUCAGUGAACCGGUGCACGUGUCCUUCCCAGUGCCCACUUGGAUCCUGGCACUCUCCCUGAGCCUGGCUGGUGCCCUCCUCCUCGCUGGGUUGGUGACGGCUGCUGUGGUGAUCAGGAAAGUUAAAGUAAAAAAAAUGCAGAGGAAAAGAGAGCGGGACUCCUGCUGGGCCCAGGGCAACUUCACCACCACAGACAUGUCCUUCGAUAAUUCCCUGUUUGCUAUCUCAACGAAAAUGACUUCCGAAGGAGACGCAGCCAGCCUGGAUGCUUGCUCAGGUUCUGCCGCAACCCACGAGAACUCCAGGGCCCGGAAGAGGCCCACCUCCACGUCAUCCUCACCGGAACCCCCCGAAUUCAGCACCUUCCGGGCCUGCCAGUGA